AAUCACCUCUCUUCCGAAGACGAAGAAGAGAUUAGUCGGAGCUCAGUCGGAGAGAGCAGUCGUCCUCUCCAUCCGCUCUCCAGAUUGAAACCCUAGAAAAGUGUACUUUGCUAUUGCAGAGGGAAAGUAGCUAAUGGAGAUAGAAUUGGAGCCAAGAGUGAAGCCAUUGGCUUACAAAGUGAAAGCAACCUCUCGGGAGUCACCGUCGCAGAAGGCGGCACACGUGCUCGACUCCGACCUUCGCACUCACUGGUCUACCGGCACCAACACAAAGGAAUGGAUCUUGCUCGAGCUCGACGAACCUUGCCUAUUAUCCCACAUACGGAUUUACAAUAAGUCUGUACUUGAAUGGGAAAUUGCUGUUGGCUUACGCUAUAAGCCAGAGACAUUUGUAAAGGUUCGGCCCCGUUGUGAAGCACCUCGACGUGAUAUGAUGUACCCUAUGAACUACACUCCAUGCCGCUAUGUGAGAAUAUCUUGUUUACGGGGAAACCCAAUAGCAAUUUUCUUUAUACAGUUGAUUGGGGUAUCAGUUACUGGUCUUGAACCAGAGUUUCAGCCUGUUGUUAAUCAGUUGUUGCCACACAUUAUAUCGCACAAACAGGAUGCUCAUGAUCUGCAUCUUCAGUUGCUUCAAGACAUGACAAAUCGGCUGCUUGUGUUCCUUCCUCAACUUGAGGCAGAUCUUGCCAGCUUUUCAGAAGCUGCUGAUUCUAAUUUGCGUUUUCUUGCUAUGCUUGCUGGUCCUUUUUAUCCUAUACUUCACAUAGUGAAGGAAAGAGAAACUGUCAAAUCUUUAGGCAAUGUACCUGAUUCUGAAGUUCCCAGGAAUAGUCAGUCAUCCUCAGCAUUGACUGUCUCCUCAAACUUUGAGAGAAAUGUGCCAAGGAGAUCUCGCAGCACUUCACCUUUCAUUUUAUCCACUCCCAGUUCCAUAGCAUUUCGUCCUGAUACCAUCUUUGUGCUGCUGAGAAAAGCAUAUAAGGAUUUUAAUCUUGGAGCUGUGUGCAGGAUGGCUUGCAGAAUUAUCCAGAAGCUUGUAGAGCCAGUUACAUUGCAAGAAGUAUCAUCUCCUACUGAAGUAGCAUCUGUUUCCAUUUUGGAUGAGACAUUAAAAUCUGAAUUACUUAACCCUGUUUCCAUCAUUGAUUACUCUAACCUGCUUGGAGAAGAGUUCCAGAUACCCAAUGAUAACUGGGACACCAGCAUUCUUAACAUUUUGGAUAUAGCAGCCGUGGAAGAAGGGAUUUUGCAUGUUCUCUAUGCUUGUGCAUCACAGCCCUUGUUAUGCAGCAAAUUAGCGGAGAGUACCUCUGACUUUUGGUCUGCAUUGCCGCUUGUACAAGCCUUGCUGCCAGCACUUCGUCCUCAUGUAAGCAGUCCCCCUGAUCAUGUUGAUGAUACUUUUUCUCAAUGGAAACAGCCUUUCGUGCAACAAGCUCUAUCACAGAUUGUAGCCACGGCAUCUUCAUCAUUAUACCAUCCACUUCUCCAAGCUUGCAGUGGCUAUUUAUCGUCAUUUUCACAAUCUCAUGCUAAGGCUGCAUGUGUUCUAAUUGAUCUUUGUUCUGGUGUGCUGGCCCCUUGGAUAGGUCAAGUUAUUGCGAAGAUUGAUUUAACUGUGGAGCUUCUGGAGGACCUUUUGGGCAUAAUCCAGGGAGCAAGGCACUCCGUGGUUCGUGCUCGUGCUGCCCUCAAAUACAUUAUGCUUGCCCUCUCUGGUCACAUGGAUGAUAUGCUUGGGAAGUAUAAGGAAGUGAAGCACAAAAUUCUGUUUCUUGUGGAGAUGCUAGAGCCUUUUCUUGAUCCUGCUAUUUAUGCAUCUAAAAGCAGAAUAGCUUUUGGCGAUGUUUCUUCUCCUUUGCUUGAGAAGCAAGAAGAAGCAUGUCUAAUUGCCCUCAAUGUCAUACGUACUGCAGUGCAGAAGCCAGCUGUUCUUCCUUCUCUGGAAUCUGAAUGGAGACGUGGAUCAGUUGCUCCUAGUGUGCUGCUCUCGAUAUUACAACCCCACAUGCAAUUACCCCCUCAAAUUGACCUAUGCAGAUCUCCUAUCUGUAAAGAUGUUGAGCAUGAAUCUGCAACUGAUUCAACUCUUUCCUCUAUUCCACGUAGUGGAGUUGGUUCAAAAUUUAAUAUCCAAGAUGACUCUGACAGCAAGAUAGAUGUAUUUGAUACAGUUAUAAAGAUGGAUGUUCUGGAGGAUGUCAGCAUGCUGUUUGCCCCUCCAGAACUUCAGGGCAUGGCACUGACUAAUAUUUGUGGCAGUCCCUGUGAAAAUAACUCUAGUUUAAAUCAGGUGGAAGUAAGCUCAGAGCAUAAAGAUGUUGACAGAAAAUUUACUUCUCAACUUGAGAACAGCUUAGUUUUAGAUUCUGGUUUUGCUGCUGAAUACUAUAACUUGCAAGCAGACUAUUUUCAGCUUAUGAACUUCAGAGACUGUGAGCUUAAGGCAUCUGAAUUUCGAUCUUUGGCUUUAGAUUUACACUCACAGCAUUCGAUUUCUAUUGAAGGUCAUGAUGCUGCUAUAGAUGCUUUGCUCUUGGCUGCAGAGUGUUAUGUCAACCCUUUUUUUGUGGUCUCACUCAAAGCCAGUCCAAAUAUUAUGAAUCAGAUGAACAUUAGAGGAGCCAAAGUUCCAAAAAUUGUUGACUUGUCUGAGAUCAAAAGAAUUUCUGAGAAGAAUAACCGCAACUGGGAAACAAUAGCUCAUCUUGAGAAGAGCAGAGACAAAAUUGUCCUUGAAAUACUGGUUGAGGCUGCUGAAUUAGACAGGAAGUAUCAUAAGUUGUCAGAUGAAGAUUGUGAAAGCUACAAAGAAUUUGAAGAGCCAGUCUUGAAGUUAUCUCCUCUUGAUGUAGAAUCAGUAGAUGCUGUCACCCUGGUUCGGCAAAAUCAAGCUUUGUUAUGCAAUUUUCUGAUUAAACGAUUGCAAGGAGAGCAACACUCUAUGCAUGAAAUCCUCAUACAUUGUCUUGUGUUCUUGUUGCACUCAGCAACUAAGCUAUACUGCUCUCCUGAGCAUGUGAUUGAUAUAAUACUAAAGUCUGCUGAUUACCUCAAUGGGUUGCUAACAUCUUUCUAUACUCGGCUUAAAGAAGGCAAGCUGCAGUCAAAGACUGAAAGAAUUCAUAGGUUGCAACGAUACUGGAUACUGCUGCAAAGAUUAGUAAUCGCUUCAAGUGGUAGUGGUGUUGGGUCAGACUUUGCAGUCAACAUUAACAAUUCUUUCCGGAAUGGAAAUCUGAUUCCACCUUCAGCAUGGACACAGAAAAUAGCCACAUUUUCUUGUUCUGCCUCCCCACUUGUGCGUUUUCUUGGUUGGAUGGCAAUAUCACGAAUUGCUAAGCAGUUCAUUAAGGAGAGGCUUUUCCUUACUUCAGAUUUGUCAGAGCUGACAUGUUUACUCUCUAUAUUUGAAGACGAACUUGCAGUAGUAGAUAAUUUUGUUGAUCAUAAACGUGAAAAUUUGGGGAUAGAACAAUUGGGAGCAAAACAAGAUACUCUGGUUCCAGAUGGAUCAAUGCUUGAUGAGCAGCAGAGGGAUCAAUCUUUCCACGUCAUUUACCCUGUUCUCAGUAAAUUCUUUCCAAAUAUGAAAACACAGUUUGAAGCUUUUGGUGAAAUCAUCUUGGAAGCUGUUGGGCUGCAGUUGAGAUCACUUUCUUCAACUGUUCUUCCUGAUAUUUUGUGCUGGUUUGCCGAUUUGUGUUCAUGGUCCUUUUUUGGUAAGGGGCAAACUAUUUUGCAGAGUGGUUUUGAUCAUUUGAAGGGUUAUGUUGCAAAAAAUGCCAGAGCCAUAAUUCUUUACCUGCUAGAAGCUAUUGUUGUUGAGCACAUGGAAGCAAUGGUGCCUGAGAUACCAAGAGUGGUACAAGUGCUGAUUUCCCUUUGUAGAGCUUUCUAUUGUGAUGUCUCAUUUCUUGAUUCUAUAUUACGCUUGCUAAAGCCAAUUAUCUCAUAUUCUUUGCAUAAGGUGUCCAGUGAGGAAAAAUUGUUCCUUGCUGAUUCUUGUCUUAGUUUUGAAUCAUUGUGCUUUGAUGAACUCUUCAUUAAUGUCAAGGAGAGAAAUGAGACUCAAGUUGGUUCUCUAGAAGUUGUUAACAGAGGGUUGACCAUUUUUAUACUGGCUUCUGUCUUUCCAGAUUUGUCCUUUCAACGAAGAAAAGAAGUACUGCAGUCAUUAACAUUAUGGGCUGACUUUACCGCUUCUGAGCCCAGCACUUCUUUCCAUGAUUACCUAUGUGCUUUCCAACAUGUCAUGGACAGUUGCAAAGUUCUCAUAGUUCAGACCCUAAGAGUCUCUGGUUUUAUUCCAGUUCAGCUGCACCAUGUUUCUGAUUCAAGUUCACUAGCUGAAAGUAGCACAGAAUCAUUUUCAGAAUUUCUUAACGAUUUCAUUGAUGGUUCUUCUCAGACUUCUGAGAUGCUACAUAGUAACAGCUUUGUUUCAGCUGCAUCAAAUGAGAAGAAUUAUUGCCUCUCUGUUGAGGAAGUAGAGGAUUUCACCGAAGACUUAGAAGUUCUUAUUAUCAAGCUUUAUCCAAGUAUUGAACGAUGUUGGAGUCUUCACCCUCAAUUGGCUAAGAAGCUUACGAUUACAUUAGCAGAGUGUUUUGUGUACUCAAGAUGCUUGUCUUCUAUUGCUCCAAUGAUUCAUAAUCCUACAAAUGUUGAUAAUGCUGCAGAUGAUGGUAAAAGUCCUGCAUCGUUUAAAUCAGUUGACCAUUUGCCCUUUAAAUUGAAAACUGGUUUGGAAGGCCUUGGUGAAACCAUUUUGAUGCUACAAGAAAAUCAUUGCUGGGAAGUUGCAUCUGUGAUGCUUGAUUGCCUAUUCAGAGUGCCCCUUUGUUUUCCAUUUGAUAAUGUAAUUGACUCUAUCUGUUCUGCAAUAAAAAAUUUUUCAUGCUAUGCACCAAAAAUCGUUUGGCGUUUGCAGACUGAUAGAUGGUUGUCACUAGUAUUCAGAAGAGUUAUCCAUAGUGUUAAUGAAAGCAAGUUCUCUUCAUUGGUUGAUCUGUUCUCUGCAAUGCUGGGUCAUUCUGAACCUGAGCAACGUCUUAUUGUGCUUCAGCACUUGGGCAUAUUGGUAGGACAAGAUUUGGAUGGAGGGAUAGUUGCACAGUGUUCUACAUUUUGCAGAAAUAUAGUUUCCCCAAGCUCAGUUCAUUCCAUUCCUCAGCAGAUACUGUUGCUUCUAGUGUCAAGUAUGUGGGAUCAGGUGGUUUUGCUUGCAUCAUCAGAGACAUCAUUGCCUUUAAGGACUCAAGCUAUGGCACUUCUUGUAGACUUUAUUCCAUUUGCUGCACGGCCCCAGUUACAAUCUUUCCUGGCAGCAGCUGAUGGUCUUUUAUAUAAUUUUGGAAGGCUUGCUUAUCCUAUAUGUGAGGGCCCAUUACUUCAACUUUCAUUAGCACUGCUUGCCGGUGCUUGUCUUUACUCUCCAGCUGAGGAUAUUUCUUUGAUUCCUCAAAAUGUUUGGGAAAAAGUAGAGACUUUGGGAUCCAAAGCUGAGCACAGACUUCCAGAUCUGGAGAAAAAGGCGUGUCAGGUAUUAUGUAGAUUGAGAAAUGAAGGAGAUGUUGCAAAAGAGGUAUUGAAAGAAGUGCUCUCUUCAAAUUCUACAAAGCAAAAUGACCCAGAAUUUGGUAGUACCCGUGAAUCUAUCCUUCAGAUCCUGGCCAAUCUAACUUCUGUACAAUCAUACUUUGACAUUUUUGUGAAGAAAGUUGACCAAGAGGCUAUGGAACUAGAGGAGGCUGAAUUAGAACUUGACAUUAUUAAAAAAGAAGAUGCAUUGCAAGAAUCAUCAAAGGAUUCCAGAGGAGGGCAUCAGGUCCCAUGUUUAACAACCACUGUGAAGGAAGAAGAUCGCCUUCAGCAAAUCAAGGAUUCAAUUCAUUCCCUAGAGAAGUCCAAGCUUCAUGAAGACAUAAAGGCCCGCAGGCAAAAAAAGCUUCUUAUGAGACGUGCUCGUCAGAAAUAUCUAGAAGAGGCAGCUUUGCGAGAGGCUGAGCUUUUGGAAGAACUUGAUAGGGAGAGAACAGUUGAAGCAGAAAAGGAGAUUGAGAGACAGCGUUUGCUGGACUUUGAGCGUGCUAAAACAAGGGAACUGCGUCGCAAUCUUGAUAUGGAGAAGGAGAGACAGACACAGAGAGAACUUCAGCGUGAAUUGGAGCAGGCUGAAUCUGGACUUCGUUCAUCACGACGUGACUUCUCUUCCUCCUCGCAUUCAAGUCGACCACGGGAAAGAUAUCGAGAAAGGGAGAAUGGAAGAGCAGGUGGGGAAGGGAGCAUAAGAACAGGCACUGGCGGCCUGCAGCCUGAAGGCUCAUCAAUGGCAACCAUGCCAACUGUUGUUCUGUCUGGAUCACGAUCAUUUUCAGGCCAGCCACCAACUAUUUUACAAUCCCGUGACCGUGCAGAUGAAUGUAGCAGCAGUUAUGAAGAAAAUUUAGACAGCAGCAAGGACUCAGGAGACACUGGCAGCAUUGGGGAUCCAGAGUUGGUGUCGGCAUUUGAUGGACAAUCUGGUGGGUUUGGUUCUGCUCAAAGGCAUGGAUCUAGAGGAAGCAAAUCCCGACAGGUAGUAGAGAGGAGGGAGAGGGAUGGUAGGCGUGAAGGGAAGUGGGAGAGGAAACAUUCAUGACUAACCCUGGGAAUGACAUAUCUAGGAUAACUUGGCUGUCCAUACUCCAUAUCAUCGUUCAUCUUAAUUUUUAGGUAGUUUAGGUUCAUGUUGUAGCACAGUGAAGGAAACAGUAGGAAAUGUGAAGUGAUGCUGUGUUGUUGCUGUCAUAGUCAUCGUUGUUGUUGUACAUAUACAGUAUUUACCUUCAGGUAUGCUUUGCUGGAGGAUAAACUGAUGAUAGGAAUGAUGAUAGAGUUUUGUAUUCCUAUUACUAGGACCUGAUUUUUGAGUGAAAUUUGAGGACUCUCCAACAGCAAACACCAUUGCUGGUUAUUACCUUCUAGUGUCAACAUUUUAUAGAAUUGUAUUGUAAGGUUACCAAGUUACAUGCAAUUUGCGAAGAACUCAACUUCGCAGCAAACUGGCUUGCUAAAAUAUAGGCGCUAGUUCUCCCAGUUUUGAUGGCUGAUGUCAUUGGAGUGGUCUUUCUUCGCAUUAUAUAUGAUUCUGGGGUACCUUUUUAAUUGAGUUUCGGCCCACUUUGCCCAGGGGAGAAAAAAAAAAGGGAAAAAACUGGAAAACUUACAUGUAUUUUGUAUCUAGGUCACUAAUUACAUGUGAUUAUCAAAUACGGAACAGAAGAUGCUGCACUCGAAGAUGUAGAACAGCAAAGAAGAAACUGACUGGUUUUUGAAGUUAUUUCUUGCCGAUCUCAGUGACUUGGCUUUGGACAUAGAGGACAUCCUCGACGAAUUGGGCUUUGAUGUGAAGCGCCAGCUGAUUGCUGGUCCUCAAGUCAGCAACAGCAUCACAAACUCAUUCCAAAAUGGGUUAAAGAUCAAAUGAUAGCUUCCCAAAUAAAGAAGAUGACUACUAGACUGCAAGUUUUUGAAGGCGAGAUGAGUAAGUCGGGCUUGAUUAGUUUGGGUGUGAGAGCUGAAGAAAAGUCUAGCAAAGCAAUUGUAGAAAGAUCACAAGAUUCUACUAUGCCCGAAUCCCAUGUUGUU